AGACGUUUGCUCUUCAAAUGAACAACAGGCUAAGCGUUCCUUGAAAUGAAUUAAAUAUUAAUACACGGAAGGAGUAUUUUUUCAUCCUGUUCAUCACCGCCGACAUACAUGGAGUCUCUCGGCCGGUAAGUCUCUGUCUCGCAGGGCCGUUCAGUCCUCCGUUGGACUUAAAGGCCGAAAACAGUACGCGGAGUGACAGCCCAGUUAAAGCCAGCAGAUUGGGUGUUUAUCUAGUUGACUAGCCACCUAGCUAGCCUCCUAGACAUCUAAGAGGGGAAGAAGAACCCGAAAGGACCAUCUGAAAACUUCGCAAAGGGAGAGCUGUGGCCGUCCCUGUCCCGACCAACCGGCAGAGGGGAUGGCACACCUUGCAAACAUGCAAAACCAGAAUACCAGGUUGGACCCAGAGGAGUACUUCACCAAGCAGGAGCGGAUUGGGAAGGGCUCCUUUGGAGAGGUUUACAAAGGCAUCAACAACCGCACAAAGGAAGUGGUGGCGAUUAAAAUUAUAGACCUGGAGGAGGCAGAGGAUGAAAUAGAAGACAUCCAGCAGGAAAUCACAGUGCUGAGCCAGUGUGAUAGUCCUUUUGUUACUAAGUAUUAUGGAUCAUACUUAAAGGGGACCAAGCUGUGGAUUAUAAUGGAGUAUUUAGGUGGAGGAUCUGCUUUGGAUCUGCUCCGCCCAGGGCCCCUUGAAGAGACAUACAUUGCAACUAUAUUGAGGGAAAUUCUGAAGGGGCUGGAAUAUCUGCACUCUGAGAGGAAGAUUCACAGAGAUAUCAAAGCUGCCAACGUUCUCCUGUCAGAGCAGGGUGAUGUGAAGCUGGCAGAUUUCGGGGUGGCAGGACAGCUGACAGAUACUCAGAUUAAGAGGAACACGUUUGUGGGCACACCGUUCUGGAUGGCUCCAGAGGUGAUCAAGCAGUCAGCCUAUGACUUUAAGGCUGAUAUCUGGUCCCUGGGAAUAACUGCAAUCGAACUGGCUAAAGGAGAACCCCCCAACUCGGAUCUUCACCCCAUGAGGGUCCUCUUUCUCAUACCCAAAAACACCCCACCCACGCUGGAGGGCCCCUAUAGCAAGCCUUUUAAGGAGUUUGUGGAGGCUUGUCUAAAUAAAGACCCCCGUUUUAGGCCGACAGCCAAAGAACUUCUGAAACAUAAGUUCAUCACACGUUACACCAAGAAGACGGCCUAUCUGACUGAACUGAUUGACCGCUACCGCCGCUGGAAGUCAGAGGGACACGGAGAGGAGUCCAGUUCAGACGACUCAGAUAUGGAUGCUGAUGAUGUGGAUCCAUGUCCAAUGUGGACCUUCCCCACAGUCAGACCCAGCUCUAUGAACAAGCUACAGAAGGGCUACACACACACAGAUUUAGAGUCAGGAGAUUCUGUGAAAAGGCAACCGAAGUCACAGUGUCUGUCAGCCUUGGUAACACCCAUCUUCAGAGAGCUGAAAGAGAAGCGGCGGGCGAGUGGCGGUGGUGUAGGAGCCAUCGAGGAACUGGAGAACGCCUUCAACCUGGCAGAGGAGUCGUGUCCCGGCAUCUCCGACCGCCUCGUCACACACAUGAUGGAGAGAGUGUGCAGGUUUUCUUUAAAUGGUAACACCACCCCAUCUUCACGGUGAAAGCAUAGCUGGAUGUCACUUACUCCACCCACCCCCCACCCCCCCCCGUUUUCUGUCUCCCCCCUCCCCCCAACACCUCAGAUUAAGGACCACAGCAGAACACCACUCUGCCCCGCCUUUGUACCCUGUCCUGUCCCCAAGAGAUCUUUUAAUUAGUUAUAAUUAAAUAUUUUUACAAUUUUUCUUUAAGAGCGGAGAGUAUUUAAGAGAAAAAAGCCAUGACAUUUAGGGCGUUGUGUAUACCUGUUAGACUGAGAUUUAAAAAACUAUAAUAAAGUCUAUGGAAAACAU